GGCCAUGCGCAUCAGUGGUGGGGUUGGCGUUGAAAUGAGAAUGCAAAUGCCUUCUCAUCAUAAGUACCUGGAGAGGAUUGCAAUCACCACACAUCACCAGGUGUGCUCUUAUACAUUCUGCCUGUGCCCAUCUCAGGGGGAAGCACAUGUAGCCUAGUCUACAGACAAGCCUACUUGCCUUUGUCCUACAGCCUAGUAGUUUUUUUGUCCUAGUACCUCUUGUUGGGAGACAGUGCCUUAAUCUAUCGCAAGAGUAUCCCGGAAGCACCUGCAUCAAGGCGUGAAGAAGCCCAUUUUUUCUACCUUGGACAUAUGAACCCAAUACAUUUCGCUUUGGAUAUAGGCUGCUGUAGCCAUGCAGUGGCACCUCAUGCUGUGGGGGAGAAGAUGCUGCUUUACAAUGGGAGCAUGAUGUAGGGGUUUCCUCCCGCUAUAUUGGUUGGAUUAUGUAGCCUGGGGUAGGCUUGCUGGCUAGUUUAUGUUGCACUGUGAUUUGGACCUCGGUUUUACUAAGGUGAUCCAUGCCCCUGUGUUUUUGCUAUUGUCAACAUGUCCCCAGCAUCGGCUGCAACGGCCAGUGAGAGCAGCACCGCUACCGUUCCAGAGGAGGACACAGAAGAGAGCUCCCGCGAGGAGCAGCGGCCCCUGAAGCAGUCCCUCAGUAAGUCCCUGUGCAGGGAUAGCCACUGGAAAUGCCUGCUCCUGUCCCUACUCAUGUACGGCUGCGUGGGGGCCAUGACCUGGUGCCACGUGACCAAGGUGACGCGGCUUUCCUUCAACAGUGCCUACAAGGUCAAGUCAAUGAUGUAUCACGAAAGCCCUUGCUCCAACGGAUACAUCUACAUUCCUGUGGCCUUCAUGGUCAUGCUAUACGUGGUCUACCUGGUGGAGUGCUGGCACUGCCGCACCCACAACGCACUGCUGUACAAGGUGGACUUGGAGAGUGUGGGUGAGCGCAUCGGGCGCAUGCAGCAGGCCACACCCUGCAUCUGGUGGAAGGCCAUCAGCUACCAUUACGUGCGGCGCACGCGGCAAGUGACGCGCUACCGUAACGGCGAUGCCUACACCACCACGCAAGUGUAUCAUCAGCGUGUCAACACGCACGUGGCCGAGGCAGAGUUUAACUACGGCAACUGCGGCGUGAAGGACAUCUCCAAGCAGCUGCAGGGCCUGGACAGCUUCCCCGUCACCAAGCUGAGGUUCACCAAGUGCUUUAGCUUUGCCAAUGUGGAGUCGGAGAACUCCUACCUAACCCAGCGGGCCCGCUUCUUCACCGAGAACGAGGGCCUGGACGACUACAUGGAGGCCCGCGAGGGCAUGCACCUGAAGAAUGUAGACUUUAAGGAGUAUAUGAUUGCCUUUUCGGACCUGGACCACCUGCCCUGGUACGUGUCCAACUACGUGUUCUGGGCAGCCGCUGCCUUCACCUUCUCCUGGCCGCUGCGUGUGCUGACCGAGUACCGCACAGCCUACCUCCACUACCAUGUGGAGAAGCUGUUCGGCUUCGACUAUGUCCCUGUCACACCGUCCGAGGAGCGACCACACUGCCACCACAUCCCUAGGGUCAACACCAUCGAUUGCACCGAGCUGGAGUGGCACAUCCGCUCCAACCAGCAGCUGGUGCCCAGCUAUUCCGAGGCUGUUCUCAUGGACCUUACUCAGCUCUCCUCAGGUGGCGACAGCAAUGCCAACACCUACUCGGUGUGCGGCAGCUACCGGCAGAACUGCGAGCGCUGCCCCCGCACCAUCAGCAGCUCAUCCAUCUUCUCGCGCAGUGCUCUGAGCAUCUGCAACGGGACUAGCCCACACAUCCCCUUCAGCGCCAGCCGUUUCUCAUUGUCGCGGCUCUACGGCUCGCGGCGCAGCUGCUUGUGGCAGAGCAGCGGCAGCCUCAACGAGACGUCGUGCCCCACAGAGAGCACGCGCUGCCUGACAUCGUCGGACCAGCCAACUAGUGAGGAGAACCCGCCGGACUACCAGGACGCACUCUACUUCCCCGUGCUCAUUGUGCACCGCAACGAGGGCUGCCUGAACCAUUCGCUGCACAUGAACGGAUCCUGCGUGGAGACCACCCUAUGACUCCCACCUAGUCUAGACCUGAACAAGGAAUGUAAUGUCACUGUCCUUUCUGCUGGAGGUUGAUGACUGAAUAAUAGAUCUUAUUUUCCCUUCCAGGGAAGGCUUACAUGGAUCUAUCCCCCCCCC